UUGGGAGGGGGCCGGUGAUUGGAGGGAGGGGAGGGCCCCGGCCCCCGGCCCCGCCCCCUUUUGCACCUGACGGGGGCUAUUUAGCGGAGGGCGCCAGGGCCCCGGGAGCCCAGUGCCUCGCGAGGGGUCCCAGGCCAGGCAUGCUCUGAGGGCCCCCAUGUGUGACUCCUCUGCCUCCAGCGCCGCCUCAGCCAGCACCGCUAUUCGGCAGCCUGCUUUGGAAGGAAAGAGCCAGCCUCCCCUUUCAAAAUGCCCCGCUCCUUUUUGGUGAAGAAACAUUUCAAUGCUUCCAAGAAGCCCAAUUACAGCGAACUGGACACCCACACAGUGAUCAUUUCCCCGUACCUUUACGAGAGCUACCCCAUGCCUGUCAUUCCCCAGCCAGAGAUCCUGAGCUCAGUGGCUUACAGCCCCAUCACAAUGUGGACUACAACUGGGCUGCUGCCUUCUCCUUUACCCAGUGACCUCUCGCCUCUUUCUGGAUACCCCUCGUCUUUGGGAAGAGUCAGUCCACCUCCACAUUCAGACACUUCCUCCAAGGAUCACAGUGGCUCCGAGAGUCCCAUUAGUGAUGAAGAAGAGAGGAUCCAGUCUAAACUUUCCGAGUCCCAUGCCAUUGAAGCUGAAAAAUUUCAAUGCAGCUUAUGCAAUAAGACCUACUCCACUUUCUCUGGACUGGCCAAACAUAAGCAGUUGCACUGUGAUGCCCAGUCAAGGAAAUCUUUCAGUUGCAAAUACUGUGACAAGGAAUAUGUGAGCCUGGGUGCUCUGAAGAUGCACAUCAGGACCCACACGCUCCCUUGUGUCUGCAAGAUCUGUGGCAAGGCUUUCUCCAGACCCUGGUUGCUUCAAGGGCACAUCAGAACUCACACCGGAGAGAAGCCUUUUUCGUGCCCUCAUUGCAACAGAGCAUUUGCAGACAGGUCAAACUUGAGAGCCCAUCUGCAGACUCAUUCAGACGUGAAGAAAUACCAGUGUAAAAAUUGUUCCAAAACUUUUUCCCGAAUGUCUCUUCUGCACAAACAUGAGGAGUCUGGCUGCUGCGUAGCUCACUGAGUCUACCUGGGCUCUGCAUUUCUUUUUCCACUCAUUUUCAACAAGAUAAGAAGAAUCUCCUCCCCUGCUCCAGUUUAUGAGGCGCUUUAUCUUCUAUUUCUCAAGUGCAAAAGAAAACUCCCCCACAAGUGCAAAAGAAAAAGUUUUAGUUCAGUUGCUUAAGUGUGACAUUUGUGUGAUAUAGAAAGGAAAGCAUGAAUGCUACAGGAAGGAGCACAUGCCAGAUGGAUUUUUUUUUUAUUUUUUUUGCUAAGGAAGCACCGCACACUUAAAAUUUACAUUCCAGCCAAAUGAAAACAACCAAAGAUUUUUUUCUACUUUUUAUUAAAGAAGCAAUAAUAGAAUCGCAGAGUUGGAAGAGACCACAUGGGCCAUCCAGUUCAACCCCUUGCUCUGCAGGAAUACACAAUCAAAGGACUACUGCCAGUUGUUCAUCCAUGCUCUCUAAAACCUCCAAAGAAGGAGACUCCACCACAGACUAAGGCAGCGUAUACUAUUCUGAGGCAGCAUUAAUCAAAUAUUGAGAGUUUUAUCAGGCAUCAAAUAUCACAGUUGCUUUUCAAGGUCUUCCAUAUCAAUUUAGUAAAUGUCCAGUAGGUCAGGUUGGUGGUAUUUCUUUUUUUCAAAAUAACAUAUUCAAUCAAUGACCUGAAAUGCUUAAAAAUAAAUCAUUCAAAAAGAAAAGAAUGUAUGUUAAUGUGUUUGCCAUAUCUUUACAGUAUGUGCCUUUGUAACCUAACAUGGCAGACAUUCCUGACACAUGCUUGAUACAUAUUUUCUUUCUUUUAAAAAACGUUGCAGUUGUUAACUUGUUUUUAAAAUGGGAAUAAGUGCAAGAAUGAGGGUUGAUGGAAGUUUGACAAUGGAUUUUUAAAAAGCCUUUUUUUUUCCUAAAUGCACAAAGGAAAUGCAAUAUCAUGAGCAAUACCCUCCAAGUGCCUUUUUAAUGGAUGACUUUAAGUAUGUGGACAUAAUGUAAAUAGUUUUAUUUUUAUAUGACUGAAUGUGUUGUGAAUCAAAAAGAAAUAUUAUCUAUAGCAAUGUCUAUAGGUAUCUUGAAGAAAACGUGAAGCCAAAUGUCUUAUGUUGUUUUCUAGAAUUUUUUUGUACAAUAAACAUUUUGGAGUAA